AUGAGUUGUACUGAGCUUCAACAGGAAGAAAUUGAAGUAUUAGAAUCUAUUUAUGAUGGUGAUGAGAAUUUUAAGAAGAUAGAUUCAACUACCUAUCAAUAUAAAUAUGGUGAAGAUGGUGAUAAUAAAUCAGUUAUAGUAGAAAUAAAAUGGGGAGAAAAUUAUCCUGAAUCCUCACCUGAGAUCAAUCUAGACUUAUUUUAUAAUAAACACAUACUUGAAAGUGUAAAAGAAAAAAUAAUAGAGCAUGUUCAACAACAAGUAGAAGAUUUGUUAGGGUCAUGUAUGACAUAUAGUUUAUUUGAUUCUAUAAAAGAUAAUCUAGACACAUUAAUAUCAGAUCAACCAGACACUCCUCAAGUUACACAGAAAAAAGAGAAAAAAGAACAGUUAACCAAGGCUCAGAAAAGAAGAAUCAUGGAUAAAUUUGGAUCGGAGAAAGAUCGGCCUAGAGGUUGGGACUGGGUUGAUAUAGUGAAACACCUUUCACAAACUGGUGGUCAAAAAUCUUAG